AUGUAUCAAUAUAAUCUUAAUAUAUCUAAUAUCAUUUUAUUAUUGGGUAUAUUUUCAAUUGUCAUUGUAACAACAACAUCAGCUGCAUCAUCAAUAAAAUCGGUAGAUGCGAAAACUGCAAUAAUAAAUAACAAUAACAAUAGAAAUGGUAAUAACAGUGUAGAAAUAUACUUUAAUAGUGAAAUAGAUUGUGGAGAGAUUGUUGAUCGUUUCUCCUCUAAUAGCAAUACAUCGAUAUCGACACUGGCGGUUUCAUCGAUAUCGGUUGUCGGUGAUGUCACUCUGUUCGUUGUGAACAACGAGACACAGGCGUCGAGCAUCGACUUGGCAUCGGGAGCAACACUCGAACUUCAAGACAACACAAUCGUCAGAGCGACCAAUAUAACAAUCGAUGCAAACAGCACGCUAUUGGUAUACGAAGGUGGUUCGUUGUUUGUCGACAACCUGCACGUCGACAACCAGGCGCCCGACCCCGUCUCGCUUGGCACGUGGAGUGCGAUGACAGUCGAACAAUCGCUAUCUGCACCGCUAAUAACAAUCGGUACGAAUUCAAUGUUGACUCUCACAGGAACAGCCAAGAUCACUCAGAAACUAGCAAUGGAUCCAACGGCGACACUGGUUCUCAGUCACUUUGUCGACUUGUAUGUUGGUGGCGCGUCACAGUUGUCAGAGAUGAGCGGUACCCUCUGGAAAGACAGUAUCAUCCAACUCGACAACACAGUAAGCAUCAACAACUUGAACAUUCAACAGAAUACAAGCAAUAGCGGUAGCAGUACAAUGUCGUUGGUAAUAGAGAUCGUCGGUGAAGACAUCACCUUUGGCACUGCCAGUAUCAACAAUACCGAUAUCUACAUUGCACCGAAUGCGUCACUCACCGUUUUGAAUCAAUGUCAAGUCGGACCACUCGGUGGCAUUAGCAUAGACGGCUAUCUCUACGCCGAGCCAAACAGCAACAACGCAAAGACAUCGGUUGUUGUCGGUACCGCUGGACUAGUGCUAAAGUCACACUCAUCGAAAUUCUAUGCCGGUGCAUCGGUUAACAUCGGUGUACUGCCCGGUGUCAACGUAACGUUCAUCACAGUCACCGGUGACGUCGUACUCGAAGGUGGUCUCUACUUCUCCGUUGACGCAGCAAUAACACCAUCGACAUCGAUUAACCUUAUAGGUGCAAAACAAAUAGAAGGAAAGUUUGAAGUUACACAGGUAUUGAAUGGAGGUGUUAGUAAUCGUGCAUAUCAAACUAUAUAUUAUGAGAAGAUGGUUACUAUCAAGUUUAACAAAGAAGAUGCACCAGAUCUUGCACUUUGGAAGAUAUUUGUCAUUAUUCUAGGUGCGAUCGGUGGAAUAUUCAUUGGAUCGUUCAUUAUCAUCAAGAUUGUUAGAGCUUGCAAAUCAAAUAACACCGCCGAUAACAAAGAUAAUUACUCACAGCUAUCGGAUUCAAGUAGAGAAUAA